UCACUUCGUCCUACGACGUGGAGGCAGUUCAAGGGGGAGUUGCGAAGUUGCCCUGCGACAUAGAGCCCUCGAUACCCGGUGAUAAAAUGCACAUUGUCAUCUGGUUCAAAGACGGAGAGAACAGGAAAACUCCCAUAUACUCAUUCGAUUCUAGAGACAAGUUGCUAGAGAAAGGCAAACAUUGGGCAGAUGAGAGUGUACUUGGAGGAAGGGGUUAUUUUCGGUAUCAAGAUAAACCUGCAAAACUGACUUUGGAAACUGUGAAAGACAGUGACGGUGGCAUUUAUCAUUGCAGGGUAGACUUCAAGCAAACUCCUACUAGGAAUAUCAAAGUCAACCUGACGAUUAUAA